AUGUAUGCACCGCGUGCAAAAUUUGAGCGUAUUUACGUUGUACCACCACUCAAAGUAUCGAGUAUAUUUUUAGCUAUAUUACAUUGUUUCUUUUUAAUUAUUGCUCUAUUUACAUCGUUUUGGGUAGAAACAAAACAUGGUCACUUUGGACCAUUGUUUCGUUGUGAAAAAUCACUAGAUUUAUCUUUAUUACCUAUUCCAAAAAUUAUUUAUCAAUGUCAUUUAUUCGAUAAAUCAAUAGCACCUAAGCGUUAUUCAAAAUGGAUGUUAGUUACAGCUAUUUUAUUAUUAAUAUCAUUUUUUAUAAUAAUUUUAUCUAUUAUUAUUGGUACAUUAUCGAUUAUACGUAAUUCACAACGUUCUAGACGACCACUGUGGUUAUGUACAAUUAUUCUGAUUUUCAUUGGUUGUCUCGUCGAUGCACUCAUAUUAAUCAUUGUACCAUUAGCAUAUAAUGAAUAUGCAUUUCGUUUACAAUGGGCAUAUGGAUUGUUUUGUGGUGCAACGCUAUUCAUAUUGACAGCGCUUAUCGUCGCUAUUCUCCCGUAUAAUGUUGAUGAAAUACAAUAUAUUGAAACAAUAGAAGAAACACGUGGCGAAUUAGAACCAUUUGCAUAA